AUGCAGCUGCCACCAGUGGAUGUCCUCUUGUCCUGGCCCACUCCAAAUUACGACAACCCUGUCACGCGUGGCCCUGCACUUCUCAUCGUCAACUCCAUCUUCAUAUCGCUGGCAGUAAUCACUGUGGUUGCUCGUAUAUAUACGCGUAUAGUAAUAAAGAGAUGGUUCGGUAUUGAUGAUGUUUUCAUCCUGCUUGCGCUGCUCUUCACGAUCGGUCUCACCGCUGUUGUUAUCCUAGCGAAUCAAAGAUUCGGGUGGAAUAGACAUGUAUGGGAUAUACCCUUUGCUAUGUUUGUGCCAACCUCAAAGAUCGCCAUGACGGCCAAGGUUGUUUUCGUAGCGGCAGCGACCUUCACGAGACUUUCCCUACAUUGCUUCUAUUACCGACUGGUCACAGACACUGGAAAGUCAUGGUUCAAGUGGGCGAUUCAUGCCAACGUCGCCUAUACGGUUGGCCUCUUCAUAUCAUGGACGUUCAUCGGCAUUUUCUUCUGCAAUCCCGUAAAGAAUUACUGGACCAUCGGUGCUCCCGCAGACACCUGCAUGGACGAAGCGGUCAUGACCCUCAUUUGCGGCAUCAUGAGCUGUGUCGCAGAUCUUCUUACCACGAUAACGCCGAUACCCUUAGUUCUUGGUCUUCACAUGCGGCUCCGUGAGCGCAUCGCUGUAGCAUCGCUGUUCGGUAUGGGAUUGAUUGUCACGGCUGCCGGAGUCGUCCGUACAUGGUAUAUCUAUCGAAGCCUCUUCAAUGAGUACGACCAGACCUGGUACGCAUAUCCACUUUGGAUUGCAGCUGCAGUGGAGAUUGAUUUGGGAGUGAUAUGCGCCUCGGCCCCCGUACUCAAACCCCUCUUCGCGAAGAUCCCCUUCAUUCUUUAA